GGUCCGGCUCAUCAUCUGGUCGGCGUUUGCACCGUGGAGUAGGUGAACUCACGUUGUCGAUAUUAGACCAAGACAGCUGCCUGUCUGUUUAGUAACCAGGGAAAGCCUCGACAGAGAGGACCAGGCUGCGGAAGCGAGAUGGAAACCGGAGGAGAAAGUUUGCUCAGGUCCCGCAGCCGAGCCCUCAACAAUCUGUCUAUCUUCCCAGACUUGGAUGGAGGAUCUAGUCCUGAGAGACAUCCGCAUGGGAAUGACGAUAACCGUGUCACAAGCAAUGGGAAAAUUGAAGUGGAGCAUGUGAUUAGCAAAAAGCUGCAACUAAAAAGGAAAGCAGAGGGCCUGAAGAGUGACCUGAUGCGUCAGUUUGAAAGCCAAGUCCAUGAUUUCAUGGACAGUCUUAUUGAAGAAUCAGCCAGCCUUGAGUCCACACCUCUACCUGCAGCCUUCUCACCACCACAGUCGGACAAGGAGAGGAGCAAACUUGGGCACGUUCAGCCUCCUCAAGGCCACGGGAAGCACUUUGUUACUCGGAGAUCCCUUCUAGAUGAGUUGUUUGAGGUGAACCACAUCAGGACCAUCUACCACAUGUUUAUUGCCCUGCUCAUUCUCUUUAUUCUCAGCACAUUCGUGGUCGAUUUCCUUGAUGAAGGCAGACUGGUCUUGGACUUUGACCUGCUGGUCUAUGCAUUUGGACAGUUCCCUCUAGUGGUGUGCACAUGGCUUUGCAUGUUCCUGUCCGUACUGCUGGUUCCCUACACCUUAUUCCAUCUGUGGUCACAAAGCCAGUCGGGCUCCCAUGGCCAGCAGAGGCUGUACACUUGGCUGUUUGGCUCUGCGUUCCUGCUGUACCAAGGCCUGUGUUUGGGGUUCCUACCAACAUAUGUGGUAGUGACCAACAGUUUGCCGCCUGCUUCUUGCUUUAUCGUCAUCAUUGAACAGGUUCGCCUGAUGAUGAAAGCCCACUCCUUUGUCAGAGAGAAUGUGCCAAGAGUCCUAGCUUGGCAAAAAGACAAGACAAGCAAUGGACCUGUGGUUCCUCAAGUUUCCCAGUAUCUCUACUUCUUGUUUGCACCAACUCUUAUUUAUAGAGACAAAUACCCUAGAAACCCGGUGACCAGAUGGGGCUAUGUGGCCUCAAAGUUACUUCAGGUACUUGGCUGUCUCUUUUAUACCUACUACAUAUUUGUGCGGUUGUGCAUCCCACAGUUUCGCAGCAUCAGCCUGCAGCUGUUCAAUCUGCGCGCCAUGGUACUUUGUGUCUUUAACUCUAUACUGCCAGGUGUUUUGGUUCUCCUGCUGGGUUUUUUUGCUUUUCUCCACUGCUGGCUCAAUGCUUUUGCUGAGAUGCUUCGCUUUGCAGACCGAAUGUUUUACAAGGACUGGUGGAACUCAACAUCUUAUGCCAAUUACUACCGUACUUGGAAUGUGGUGGUCCAUGACUGGCUGUAUUACUAUGUGUACAAGGACUUCCUUUUGAUAUCUCAGAAGCGUUUCCGACCAGCCGCCAUGUUUUUUGUGUUUACUGUGUCUGCAGUGGUGCAUGAGUACAUUCUUGCAGUUAGCUUCGGAUUCUUCUAUCCGGUGCUUUUCUGCCUCUUUAUGUGCUUUGGAAUGAUGUUCAACUUUAUUUUCCACGAUCGAAGGAAAGGCCCCAUUUGGAACAUAUUAAUGUGGACGUCCCUCUUUCUGGGUCAGGGGGUCAUAAUGUGUCUGUACUCUCAAGAGUGGUAUGCCAGACGGUACUGUCCACUCAAAGAGUCUUCAUUCCUGGACUUGCUGAAGCCUCGUUCAUGGAGCUGUCAGAGAGACCUAAUGGCUGGACCCGAUAAGAUAAAAUGGGACUAUUGAGAGGAACCCCAUCACCAAUCAAAAUGGACUCCACCAUCUCUCCUCUCUCUGUCAUUCAUAAUUUAUUGCAUUUAAAAAUUAUGAGUCCUACAGUGUGUGAAUGAAUGUAGUGGAGAGUAUCUGCUGAGAUGCCAAAAUCGCAACACCAAGAGUGCCUUAUUUAUUGUGUUUUCAGCUGCCAUUUCUCAACAGAAGUUCACACACACAUAUACAUAUAUAUAUUAAAAAGAAUUUGAAGCGCCAACUUGAAUUUUCUUUUCUCAUGGGUCCAUAAUGCUUUGGGUCCACUGUGAAACCACUCUUUGUGCAAACAAUGACAUGGUAGCUUAAUACAAACAUUACACAAUGAACACAUUAUCUGCAUGUGAUGUAAUGGUUAAUAUUUACCAAGGUAGUAUGUUGUAACUGUGUUAAACUGUGAGUUAUACUACAAGAAAUUACCUUAUUUUUAUUGCCAGUUGGACUUUUGUUUUGUUAAAUGAUAUUUUGGAUAUCAAACAUUCUCACUGGAUAUCUCUUAGGGAUAUCUCACUGUAAAUGAGAAAUGGUGGUCUUUGUAUUAUUGGGUGACAGGAGUGUUGUAUUUAAUUAUUAACUUAUUAAGCAGAUUGAUUAAGCACAGAUGAACUCCUCUGUUCAUCUACAAUGUCACAACAAUAAGAUGUUUUGGUCACUUUAAUGAUAUUUUUGCAAAACUCAAAGUAAAUACUUGGUUUACAAAAUAUUUAAGACAUGAAGGUUGCUGUAACUACUGAUAUUUUGCUGAAUAAACCUCUAAAUUAUGUUAGCACUUGGAA